AUGAUACGAUUCAAACCAUCGUCCAUUGCAAUCUCAGAAAAGGACCUUCAAUAUCACCUCGAGAAGGUUCUCCUUCGCCGCCAGAACCAGGUUGUUGAGGCGCGACAACACUCCGUUGAGCGCAGCUACGUCCAUGAGAACCAAGCGGCUUCCAUCUCCCCAAACCUCGUCCUCCUCCCCAAUUCUCGCUCAUCUUCUCCGGCGACAGAAUUGGGUCUCAAUUCCGUAUCAGACGUAAAGCUCGAUCACAGCCUACCGCGGAAGGAUCGCCAGGAGACCAGGAGUCCAUCCCCGACAUCGCCGUUUGGAAACCCUGUACAUUGUCAACAAUACUCCAGGAGAGGGAGUGAAGCACAGUUUCAGCUUAUGAACAAUGUCCAAGAGAAUUCAGCUGAUCUCCAGGAGCAUCAUGAUCCCCAGCGUGCUGGCGAUACCGGCUCUGAUGUGGUCACCAGUCAUCCAGUCCUGCAACACAACAACAGCAGUUGUGGAAUCAAUGGUGUAGGAAGUCCGGUCGGCUUACAAAAGGCCAUCGGAGGCCUUUGCUGA